AUGCAAGCCCAGGUCCUCGUCUUCGGGAUCAUUGCCCCCGCCUUGUCGUUUUCCCUGGGCCUCUGCCUCUGUCCCAAACAAAUAUUCCAGACAGGGACUUUGAACAUGUCGGGGAUCGCCCUCAGCAGACUGGCCCAGGAGAGGAAAGCCUGGAGAAAGGACCACCCGUUUGGCUUUGUGGCUGUCCCAACAAAAAACCCCGAUGGCACGAUGAACCUCAUGAACUGGGAGUGCGCCAUUCCCGGGAAGAAAGGGACCCCGUGGGAAGGAGGCUUGUUUAAACUGCGGAUGCUUUUCAAGGACGACUACCCAUCCUCACCCCCAAAAUGUAAGUUUGAACCACCGCUGUUUCACCCGAACGUGUACCCUUCGGGCACAGUGUGCCUGUCCAUCCUCGAGGAGGACAAGGACUGGAGGCCAGCCAUCACGAUCAAGCAGGUACGGCAUCUUGUUAGGAUACAGGAACUUCUAAACGAACCAAAUAUCCAGGACCCAGCUCAAGCAGAGGCCUACACGAUUUACUGCCAAAACAGAGUGGAGUAUGAGAAGAGGGUUCGAGCACAGGCCAAGAAGUUUGCACCUUCAUAAGCGGCGACCGCGUGGCAGCGUAAGAAGGAAGGGAUUGGUCUGGCAAGAACUUGUUUACAACAUUUUUGCAAACCUAACGUUGCUCUGUACAAUUAAUAGUCGCCUGGGGAGGGUUGGGCGGGCGCCACUUUCCAUUUCCGCCACCGGUACACAGUCCUCGACUCGCUGAAUUGCCCGGUUUUUCAUACAGGGUCUCUUCCUUCAGUCUUUUGUAUUUUUGAUUGUUAUGUAAAACUUGCUUUUAUUUUAAUAUUGAUGUCAGUAUUUCAACUGCUGUAAAAUUAUAAACUUUUAUACUUCGAUGAGCCCCGAGGAGCUAGUUUCCUAGUUUCCUUUGCUCGCGGAUGCAGGCAUGCUUCCCACAGUGUAGAGCUACGCCCGGCCCUCAGCUGGCCUCCCUCCCGCCUCGGUCUCCGCGCACCCUGGGUUGUGUGCUUACGAGCCUCAGAUCCAAAGUCAGCCGGCGUCUCGUUCCCGCAUCACUUCCUUUGUGUCUAUAUGGCGUUUGUCUGUGUUGCUGUUAGAGUAAAUAAACUGUUUAUAUAAAGGUUUUCGUGGCAUUAUCGUCAUUAAGAGCGUGGGGAGGCGGCCUCGCGGGGCCCGGCCCCCCACGCGGCUGCAGGCCAGCGGCGCCCCGCUCGCGGCCCGUGCUCGGCACCGGGCCCUGUGAGGAGCGCUGUGUACGAGGAGGUGUGUGUGCCCGGGGUUGUCUCCCGACCCCGGGUCUUUGCGCUCCUCAGAGGCGGGUCUGGUCAGGGCGGAACUGGCGUCCGGAGCCUCCCGAGCUGGCACCGGCCGUCCGAGGUCCUCCGGGCCCCAGGAGGACCGUGCGCAGGCACUGGCCGGAGCCCUGCCUGGGGGGGGUGGGGGGGUCCUGGCGUCAGGAUGCCCCAGGAGGCAGGUCCGAGGCCACUGUGCGCGGGCGCUUCCUUUUUCCUGAAGGGCUGUUCUCAGAAAGCACCCCAGAAGCUGAGCCUGCCGCGCAGCUUCCGGAGCGGGCCACCUUCUCACUUGGGCCCAGCCGGGAGGUGCCGCCGACGCAGAGGGGGACAGGCCCAGCGCCCCGCGGCCUGGUGCCAGCAAGGUGGGUCUUGGCCCCCUGGUCCCAGGGAGCACGGUGCGGAGUAGACGGGAGGCCCGGAGCCUGCCCUGCGCCGGCUGACCUCGCCUUCCCGGCCGGCUCACCUGUGUGGCUCCGGUGCAGGGACCCGGCCGGGCCAGAGGGGUCCCCGAAGGGGCGGGAGCUGGUCGCCAGGACCCUCGGUCAGGAAGGGCACCUCGACGCGCCAGGCAGCAGGAUGGCAGUGGGCUGGGGGGAGGGGGGGCGCGUGAGGCCCCGUCCACAGCGCCUGCGUGGCCCGCGGUCCCAGUGCCUUGCUCGCUUGCUCGGCUGGACGUGUAGCUGAGCUCGACGCUUGAUGUUGGCGAUGUAUUUUCUAAUGCGGAGGGCCCCCCGGGGGACCCAGCCGGGUCGUGUGUGUGCGAAGCCUCUCCCAGAAUGUCUUAUUUUGUAAUGACUCAACUACACUUAGUAAUAGCCACACGUGUAUAUGGUUAAUAUAUAUGGAAAUUCAAUAUAUUUUCUAGUUAAAGCAUUCUGAAGUAAUCGAUGUUUCUAGCAAAUUGUCAUGACUUCGACUAAUGAAAUGUCCUCUUGUGCCACAGUCCUUGGCUUAACGAAGAUGUAACUCUUGUAACGGGGGAAGGAGGGACUGUGCCCGUCCUGUUUCUGCUGUGAGGGAAGAGCCUGUUCCCGGCAUGAGGCGCCUGAUACUUAGUAAGGAAUUGUGGGCAAUACGUUAACCACUGUAUCUGAGAAUCCUCUAAUUAAAACAUUUCCACAA